UCGCGCGGCGGGCGGCGCGGGCUCCAGCACCCGUGAGUUCGGAUCCCGGCCGGUGGGCGCUCCGGGCCGCUGUCCGCCACGGGCCGGCCCCCGCUGCCUUUCCCGGGAGGAUCGCGCAGCCCACUCGGCCGCGCGGUGCCGACGGGAACAGAGCUGCAGCGCUCGGGCGGGGAGGCAGGGGGCGGUGCGGGGACAGCGGGCUGAGGCGGGUGGCGGGAGCGGGGCGCUGCGGGUGAGGGCAGCGCUCGCCCCUGCGCCGCGGGUUCUGCCGGGCCUGUGUCCAGCUGCCGCCCCGUGUCCCCCGCGCCGAUACCAGUACCGGCAGCUUGCGACGGGAGGUUCCGGCGGUUCCGCGCCCCGGCAUUCUCCGCCCCGGGGGGUCUUGCCCGCGCUCGGCUGCGCCGCCACCCGCCGCCCGCGGCCUCCGCGCCGCCGCCCGCCUUCCCGAGCACCUGCCAGAGAAGCGACACGGUCACUAAGGCGCUGCCGGGCUUUAUCACUGAUGAUGAAAUGUAGCAAACUGGUUACAAGAGUUAAAUUACUCGGCAGUACACAUUGAGCUGGAUGAUAACGAGCUUAAAACCCGCGAUACGCUGAUAAAUCCAGACAGCAAGCAGCCAGCCACCAUGUCUCGAGAGACUGGAAGUGAAGUGCAACAGUCUCAAGGUACCCAACAGUCCCAGAGUGGUACCAGUUCCUCUUCUGGUGGGUCACAGAGUACUAGUCAGUCUUCUUCAAGUUCUGGGACCCUCAGUUCUUUGGACACUGUUCCCACUCAGGAGCUCCCAUCAAUCCCUGAGGACCAAGAAUCUGAAGAGCUUAUUCCUCAGCCUUGGGGUCGUCUCUUUGCACUUGGAAAAGGUUUCAUCAAUUAUGACUGUGUGAAUGAUGAAUACUGGUUUGGAAGAGAAAAAAGCUGCGAUUAUAGUUUUUCUAAACUUGGAUUGUCUGAGACUGGCUUCUACCAAAACUAUAGCAAGAAGCAUUUCCGAAUCUUCAGGGAAAUGGGUCCAAAAAAUUCCUAUGUUGCCUACAUUGAAGACCACAGUGCAAAUGGAACUUUUGUUAACAGAGAGCUCAUUGGAAAAGGGAAGAGGCUUCCACUGACUCACAACUCUGAAAUUUCACUGUCUAUACAGAAUAACAAGGUGUUUGUAUUUUCUGAUCUUACGGUGGAUGAUCAGUUGGCAUUUCCUAGAGAAUUCAGAGAGAAAUACAUCAUGUCAAAGACUUUGGGAAGUGGGGCCUGUGGAGAAGUCAAACUGGCAUUUGAGAAGAGCACUUGUAACAAAGUUGCAGUAAAGAUAAUCAAUAAACGGAAGUUUAUGGCAAGUGGUAUGGAGGCAAACCCCGCUUUUAAUAUCAAGACUGAAAUUGAAAUUUUGAAAAAAAUAGAUCAUCCUUGCUUAAUCAAGAUCAAAAACUUCUUUGAAGCAGAGGAUUACUACAUUGUUUUGGAAUUGAUGGAAGGAGGAGAAUUGUAUGACAGAGUGUCAAGGCCAAUCAAGAUGAAGGAAGCCACCUGCAAAUUGUAUUUUUAUCAGAUGCUGCUGGCUGUAAAGUAUCUUCAUGACAAUGGAAUUAUACACAGAGAUUUAAAGCCAGAGAAUGUGUUACUUUCGUCUUCUGAAGAGACGUGUCUUAUAAAGAUUACAGAUUUUGGACAAUCCAAGAUUCUUGGAGAAACUUCUCUUAUGAAAACAUUAUGUGGUACUCCUACGUAUCUUGCUCCUGAGAUUCUAAAUUCACUUGGGACUGCUGGAUACAGUCGAGCUGUGGACUGCUGGAGUUUAGGAGUUAUUCUCUUUGUAUGCUUGUGUGGAUAUCCACCAUUUAAUGAGCAAAAUACUCAACUAUCCCUGAAAGAUCAAAUCACCCGUGGAGAGUACACAUUCAUUUCAAAAGAAUGGAAGCAUGUAUCAGACAUGGCUCUGGAUCUUGUGAAGAAGCUUCUAGUGGUGGAUCCAAGCAAACGUCUUACAACAGAGGAAGCCUUAGAGCAUCCUUGGCUUCAGGAUGAGGAUAUGAAGAGUACAUUUCAACAGCUACUCGAUCAGACAGGUGCCAAUGUGAAUCCACCACAAGCAUCAACAAGGCCAGUGACAACAAGAAAGCGUCUCCAUGAAAGUGGUGAGGAAGAAGCUGGCUCUUCUAAGCGUGCUGUUCCUUCUACAUCAUUUCAGAAAAUGAGGUGAAAACCGAAUGUGACUUUUGUUGAUUAUAGCUUUUAUAAUGAAAGGUAGAAUUUUUAUUUAAGAAAAAUCUUAAUGAUGGAAUAACUGUUGAGGAUGCAACUGCUAAA